AUGCACACUGCCAAACGUGUUCACAAAUGGGCGAGGUUGUUUAUUACAGAUCGGGAGGACCUCCCAAUGAAUCUGUAUGGGUCGUGGAAUGUGUCCUUGCUUGAUACAGGCGAGCUCGCAAAGGAACUUCACGCAAAUCUUCAAACAAUCGGCAAAUAUGUCAGUGCACAGGAUAUUGUCCGCUUUCUGGACAGAGAGGACAUCAAAUCACAGUAUGGACUCAAGAAAUCAAUCUCACUGGCAACCACCCGCAGGUGGAUGCAUAUGAUGGAUUUCCGCUGGACAAAAGCCCCAUUGGGUCAAUACACUGAUGGGCAUGGACGUGAAGAUGUCGUGACGUACCGGCAGACCUGCUUCUUGCCCACAAUUGCCGAACUGGAAUGGAACAUGAGGUCUUGGAAGGAUGAUAUUGAGGAGGCAAGGGAUUGGCGGGAUCCGGCAGCCAAGAGGGUCGUAGUAUGGUGGCACAAUGAGUCGACAUUCUACGCAAAUGACCGCCGUAAGGUUUAUUGGGUUCACCUUACCGAGAAGGCAGUUCCGUGCCAGAAAGGAGAAGGUGUAUCAAUCAUGGUUGCCGACUUCAUUUCUGUGGAUUACAGCUGGAUGACAUCCCCUGACAGCAAACAAUGCACACGCAUAUUAUUCAAAGCCAGCAAGAAUCACCAGGGAUAUUUUUCGAAUGAAGACAUUCUCAGCCACGCAUGUCAAGCAAUGGAUCUUCUUGAAAAUUGGUAUUCCACCGAAACCCAUGUCCUUGUCUUCGACAAUGCACCCACUCACCUCAAACGAGCAGACGACGCCCUUUCUGCCCGCAAGAUGUCAAAAUACCCGACAAAACGUGGAAGACCAUUUUUUGGUGUUCAGAGGAAUGUUGUUGACGAAAGCGGGCAACCGGUCUACAGAACAAACGGUAAGGUCAUGAAGGAGAUAGUACGAAUGGCAGAUGCUCGGCUUGCAGACGGCUCACCACAGUCACUGUACUUCCCGCCAGGAGAUCCACAGGAAGGUGCCUUUCGAGGGAUGGUAGACCUUCUUGAGGAGCGCGGGUACAAGGACAUUGAUGGGAUUUGUGCCAAAUGUCCAGGCUUCAAGUGCCCCAAAGACACCCCGCAUUGCUGCUUGCGCCGUAUGCUCUAUAAUGAGCCUGAUUUUGCAGAGGUUGAGUCCCUUCUCGAGGUAACUUGCAGGGCACGAGGAUUCCAGGUCAUAUUUCUCCCCAAGUUCCACUGCAAGCUUAAUUUUAUCGAGCAAUGCUGGGGUCACGCAAAACGCACCUACUGUCAAUUCCCGCCAUCAAAUUACGAGGCCGAUUUAGAGCACAAUGUCAUUGCUGCGCUCGACGCUGUCCCACUGUGCACAAUGCGCCAGUUUGCUACUCGAUCACUGCGCUUUAUGGAUGCUUACAGGAAAGGUCUUGACGGCAAGCAGGCAAUGUGGGCCAACAGGAGAUAUUGAGGACACUGGACUUUACCCAUGGGUAUCAUGGGAGAACUUGCAGCAGGCCUCUGAAGUGACUUCUUGACUAAUCCAUUCAGUCUUUUUAAACAGUCAUAUAGCAUUUUUUUUUACAGUUCAUCGUACCCUAAUGAUAUUUUUCUUCGUAGAUUGUACCUACUCCCAUGCUUAAUGUACUUAGCGCAUACUUAUCCUCCCGGAUCACCUGACCAUCACGCAAAUGUCACAGCGCCACAUAGUGGUUGCGUUUGCAUGAGU